AAUACCCAAACAAAAAUAGCCAAAAAAAAAACAAAAAAAUCAAUAAGUCCAACCACAUUCCAAUAACUAUUUGAAUUCUCAAAAUUUUCGGAAGAGGAGACUUUUUCUGCUAAUUUCCCGCUCUGGGCAGUCAUGGCCACAGCAGACUGCGAAGAAGACGAGUGGGAGCUUCUAAACAUCGAUGGCUUCGUUUACAAGCGCAAGAAGCGUCCCAACCCCACCACCACCACCACCUCCUCCGCUCCACCGCCGGAUCUGGCGGCGGCGGAGGAGAUGAACCGGCGGGAAAUGAAGAAAAGGGCACUAGCAAAGCUGAGAGACAAGUACCAAAAAGAGAUUGACCAAUGGGAACUUUUAUCGAACAUGUUGUGGGCAUUCCAACUGAAAACCCAAAACUCACAACAAUUGCAAGAGCAAACGACGUCGUAUGAUUUGACCGCCAGUUCGCCUCCCCCGCCGGAGCACUCGUUGGAAUCUGCUUCCAGACGACUCCUCGAUGAUCUCUUACUUCGGGUAAUUCUUUCAUUCUUCGUGAUUGAUUUUUUUGUUUUGAACCAAAAGACAGAGGUUCGCCUCCCCCGCCGGAGCACUCGUCGGAAUCUGCUUCCAGACGACUCCUCGAUGAUCUCUUACUUCGGGUAA